CCUGAUCUACGCAACCUCAUCCUUGAACCGGCGUUCUCCUCGUCAAGUCCCGUUCACCGUUAGCUUCGCGAAGUUUCGUCCAAUUCUCUCCACGAAAAUGCCAAAGUAGAAAGACUUGGUGUAUGCUCAGCUUCAGUUGGAGAAGGUAACUUGCCGUUAGCAGAGAAGGCUGUCCAUUGGAAGUGUGUUUUUUAUUUCGGGUGACAAUUCAACCACCUUUGGAAUCAAUCUCCGAGUCAGAAAAUAACUCUCAAUCUAGUGCAUCAUGGCGAUGAAAUUCAUAUUUUGGGCCGUCUCUUGUUGCUCUUGCAUUGGUGUUUUGAGUGCCAUGCAACAAGGCAGUGUGAUCCCGAGUAAUAAACCUACCGGUGAGCCUUAUCUGGGCAACUACAUCAUUGAAGAUAGCUGUCAAUACAAGAUAUGUGGUACAGAGUACUUGGAUGAGUUUGGCGGCAAGCAACCGGCCAUGAGUAGCUGCUCAGGUGAAUGUGACGCCUUAUCCCAUAAGCUGGUCAAUUCCAAGUUCAAGAAAGAGUUCUUGUGGUCAAAGUGUUCGAUUAUGUGUGCCGAGAAAUAUCCCGUCAAGGAAUACAAGACCUAUAAUGAGAGGAUAUCAUGCAUGAACGAGUGCUUUGAGGCCUUUGAAUACGUCGCACCCCAUCAUCGUAUCGCCCAAGCUUGCGUUCAUGCUGCAUGUUCCAAUCGGAUCCGAGACCAAACCGGACAAACGGCCAUGGAAUGCUUCUCCCAAUGUACCCACCAUGUGGCCACCCGAGUGCCCAAGGAUGAUUGGAACACGUGGAGCAACCUCUUGUCCGUGGCCGAUUGUGAUCCGAUUGGCUUGCCCGGUAACCAAAUGGAUCGGCUGAGCUGCACAGACCAGACUCUGUGGAAAGACAUGACAUCUCAGACCUCGGUGAGUCCGGACAUCCACUUGGUGUGUCUGAACGCCAUGUGUGACAACAAUGUCCGGUGUGCCAAGGAUUGUCUGCACCACGUGACACAAGAGGUCAGUCAGGAGGACCUGCCCAGAUGGCACCAAUGCACUUAUUCGACCACGUGUACGGAGAUCCAUUCGUACGAGCUCCGCAAAGAGUGCGCCGACAAUUGCUUGGAGGCCCACAAAAUCGAGCUUCGCAAAAGCCAGGAGCUGAAAAUGCGGGAAGCCGAGAAUCGGAAACGAAAGGAUGCUGAAGCUCUCCUGAGUGGCACCAAUCCUAUCCUAUCCUCGUCAGUGAUGUGUGUGGUCGUGUCUCUAGUCUUGUUGGUGAUCCAUCUUUAAAGUGAGACCCUCGCUCAAGAGCAAUAUAUACACUUACUCACCUACACACGUACACACCUGUUUUUGUUGAGUGGAAGACUUGAACAAGGUUCUCCUUUUUAUCCGUGAAAGGACCUUGGUCUCACUUGAGCUUUCAUAGACAUGGUGUUUGGAGAGUACUUUCUUCCCGGUUCCAAACGGAGCACUCAAUCCAUUGGACUCAAUCCUCACUCUUCUCUCUAACUUGAACAUUGCCAACAAACCUGUCUUCUGUCCAUUGUACUGUACACCUGUAAGAAGAGCCCCUGCAGUCGAAUGGGAAUAGAAACACACUCCAUCAUCCACAUUUCUUUGAGUUCUUGUCAAACGAAUGGACACAACAGUGAUAGAACGACGAUGGAUGAAACCGUGAACAGAUGCAUUUUGGCUUUAAAGAAAAGACGUCGUUUUCCGGAAAAAAACAGUAAACGAAUCUCCGGCUGCUCAUCAAGCAAUAUACUUCUGUACAAGAACACCAACCGCAAACAUAGCCACCAUUAUUUUGACAAGUGCAGUAAUGGUACUGGUGGUACAACAACAGAUACCAAACUUCUACUCUGACCUGACUGAUAUUAAGAUCUGCUAGAUUCCUGUGUCACACCGCUGUAAUUUGUUUGAAUGCUUUUUACCUGUGUAAAUACGAGCCAAGAAACAAGUUCCACCAAUUCUCGCUACUCGCACCUACUUACAGAAUCCAUGUUUCCGAAAGAUAACCCAUUGUCCAGUUUGAUUAUCAUUAUCAUAAUUAUCAUCAUCAUGAUUACUUAUACGACAACAACAACAACAACUACUACUACCACUACUAUUAUUACCAUUAUUACUAUGAUUAUCAGCAGUAUACUUACUACGAUCCUCAUUUACUCGUGAUUGUCCUCUUGUAGUUCAUAACGUGAAUAAAUUGCUAUCAAAACCAAGA